AUGCAUGGCGGGAAGUGGUCGCUGGCGAACUUGUGCCUUUUUGUGCAGGGGCGGUACGGGGCGGUGUGCGCAGAUGGGCUGAUGCGGAGCAUUGAGUUCAUCAUCUACCACAGCCUCAGGGCGAUGGAGUCCGUGAUGUUCAACGACCGGCACUGCUUUGAGCUCUACGGCUACGACAUCCUCAUCGACGACUGCCUGCGGCCACACCUGAUCGAAGUGAACUCCUCCCCGUCGCUCUCGACCACGACGCUCUCGGACCGGCUGCUGAAGGAGGAGGUGCUAGCGGAUGUGUUGAGCAUCAUCUUCCCGCCGUACUUCCCAAGCCCGCGGGCGAUGCCGUACUGGGAGCACCGCCUGCGGACGGAUUUGACGACGGCGGUGCAGACCGGAUUUCGGCUGUUGCACGUGGAGGCCUAG